ACUGCUUUUAAUGUAGAUCUGUGCGUAUUUAUUUGAUCGAUGCAGCCAGAGAUCGUAGGGCACAGAGUAUCCAUCGCGGGAUAAUUUACCGGGUAGCCUACUAAACGUUUUAUUAGGACACAAUUUGAUGAGCAGCCUUCGCUUGUGGCUGGACUGAAGGAAUGCCGCAUUUGAGAAUUGAACGCUGAGACAAAACUAAUUUUCAUGUCAUCGUAAGAGAAUAGCUUCGUAAAAACUGAGAAUUUUACGCGGUGUUAUUUGCGCACGUACGCAGCAAACUUGGCGCCCAGUGCGCCCAAAAUAUGAUCUUUCUUUUGUCUCAAACAGCAGCAUAGAUCGUGAAUGCGUCAAAGGUGGACUCCCUUGGGAACCAUUCCACUCCAGAGAAAUGAAUGCAAUAUAGCGCACACGUUCGCAGGGGUGGAAAUUUAUAUUCGCUUUCAUCUCCUCGAUUCUUCCUUGCAAUAUAGACCAUAACCGAACCGGACUAAAUGAGUGCCCGGACCUUGGAGAGACCGGCGCUUUCCAUUCCCCAUUGUGCCUUAAACGGAACCGCUCGGACCAACAAUGGCACCUGCUUUGACCGCGUGGAUCAGUUGUUUCAGGCGUUUUCCUCCACGGUCGUGCUUUUCGUGCUCAUCGCGUUGAUCGUUGGGAUAAUUUUCGUCUCCAUCACGACCUUUCAUUUCCACAAAAGUAAGAUGAAGAAGCGCAAGAUACUGAAAGCCCAGGAGGAGUACGAGCGCGACAACUGCAGUCCUAAAGCGGCCAAAGGGAAGCCGGUGGUCAGGCAGUGCGUAAUGGUGAGACCCCCCACGGCAGUGCGCAAAAGUGAUCCGAACAACGAAGAUCCUGGCGUGACGCCUCAGAUUCCAGAGGAUACGAGGCACACGGGACAAGUUAUUGAUGAGAACUUGUUGGAAUCGGUAGCUGUAUCUUGAUAAAGCAGUGGUAGCUUUUCCUGAACGCUGUAAAUACAACCUCUGUAUUCAUAUGAUAUUAUCCACGGAAUAUAGAAAUCAUUUGUAUAACUUUUCAUCAUAAGGUUUGGCAGGAGCCUCUGAAGGAGAUUGUCUUCAGGUUUAAAUGGUUUCGGAGAAGAAAAGAUUUGUCAGAAAACCCUAAAAAAUGCUAAUAGUACUAUGAGCAUUAUUUGGAAAUCCUACUGGAAUUGAAAGAGAAUCCUCUAAAAAUGUAAUGAAAGACUAAGAUCAAAAUCCUACAUGAUAAAAUGUAGUUUUGGGGAAAAGGCAGGGAGCAGUUAAUCCAUAAAAGAUGCCACUGAAAGCUAAAAAGGAAUAUUUUAGUCCUUAUUUGUAGCUAAUCCUAAUGGUAUUUAAGGAGGAUCUAUUAAGCAUCGAAUAUGUGAUUAACAUCAAGGUACCCCAUUUUAUAUUUAAUUUAAUUCAAAUUAUUUUUAGUUUAUCCAGUAGGAUCAUAUCUGAUGCUUUUUUAUUUUAUGCAUUCAAUAAGCCCUCUUUUAGGAUUUUUUGACAAAAAAAAACUAUGGACCUAUUGACAAAGUAUGGUUAUUAACUGAACAACACGCUGUAAAACAUCUCUUUUGUAUAAAACUUGUACAGGCGCUGUCCAAUGUUUUGGUGCUGAAACAGUUUCCCAAACAUCGGUCUGGUAUAGACUCUCCACUUACAACAAUUAACAUUUGUUUUGAGAACAUUUUUAGAUGUUACACUAAGGCAACAUUGUUGUUUCUUUUGACUAACAAGUUUCCAAUCUGGGAUUUUUUGUUUGUUUAUCUCAGUGGCGUUUUUCAAGAUAGAUGCUCAGUCGUGGCAUGAAUAGAUUUAGUGUUUUAACCCCUUUAUCCCCAGACUGUUAUAAUGUGCAAUUGCGGCUGCUAGUGGUAGUUUAGCCUAUACUUGUUUUGUUCAUGGCACUGUAUAAUCAUAGUAAAACUUAUGUAACCUGAGGCAUUUUGUGUUACAGCUCUGUAUUGAUGCUCUCUUUUUGCCUUUUCGCUCUAGAGUAAUAUAACGAUCAAGUGAUAUAUUUUUACUUUAGGAUUCUAAACUAGUAUAUCAGUCAAUCUACAAUAGCCUAAAUAAGAGAACAUUUUAAAAGUAAUUUCAUGCAUUUCCUUGACGUUGUGUUGAACCAGAUAUGGAAGUUAUAGACAGCUAUCAUGUAUUGUAUGACAACAGAUAUUGGAGUUUGAACCUUGGUUGUAAUUUAUUCCAUGCAUAUGAUUUUGAAUUACCAAUAAAGUAUUGUGGAAAAGGAAAGCAUGUCUUCCAUUAUUUUAUUAUUUUAAA